GGAGAUUAAACACACACACAAUCACACACACACACAAACACACUGACUGACAGCGGCUCCACACACACACGGACGGAUGAGCCAUGCCGAAUAAAACCAAAAAAGACAAGGAUUCUCCGAAAUCAGCAAAAGUGGGUAAAACUGCAGGACAGGAGAAUUCAGAACAUGAGCAGGCUUCGAAUAAGAAGGGUGGGAACAGCGUCCCGCCGGCCACACAGCUGCUGAAGGGUAAGCAGUCUGGAUCUCAGACUCCAGUCAAGAAAGAAAAGCGUCCGAACUCCUCCAGAUUCAGCCUCAGCAACAACCGAGAGCUUCAGAAGCUGCCCGUUUUCACAGAUGUUCCUCCCGCCGAGCAGGAGAAGUUAUUCGUGCAGAAGUUGCGCCAGUGCUGCGUUCUCUUCGACUUCGUUUCCGACCCGCUGAGCGACCUGAAAUGGAAAGAAGUAAAGCGUGCGGCGCUGAGCGAGAUGGUGGAGUACAUCACCCACAACCGGAACGUCAUCACAGAACCCAUCUAUCCGGAGGUGGUGCACAUGUUUGCAGUCAACAUGUUCAGGACGUUACCGCCGUCAUCCAACCCAACGGGAGCUGAGUUUGACCCAGAGGAGGAUGAACCCACACUGGAAGCGGCCUGGCCUCACCUGCAGCUCGUCUAUGAGUUUUUCCUGCGGUUUUUAGAGUCACCAGACUUUCAACCAAACAUAGCCAAGAAAUACAUCGACCAGAAGUUUGUGUUGCAGCUUCUGGAGCUGUUUGACAGUGAAGACCCUCGAGAACGAGACUUUCUGAAGACGACGCUCCAUCGCAUCUACGGGAAGUUUCUGGGUCUCAGAGCGUACAUCAGGAAACAGAUCAAUAACAUUUUCUAUAGGUUCAUCUAUGAAACAGAGCAUCAUAAUGGAAUAGCAGAACUACUGGAAAUAUUAGGAAGCAUCAUCAAUGGCUUUGCCUUACCACUGAAAGAAGAGCACAAAAUCUUCCUUUUAAAAGUUUUGUUACCUUUGCAUAAAGUGAAGUCCCUCAGUGUUUAUCACCCACAGCUGGCUUACUGUGUGGUUCAGUUUCUGGAGAAGGACAGCACACUCACUGAGCCUGUGGUCAUGGCUCUCCUAAAAUACUGGCCCAAAACGCACAGUCCGAAAGAGGUGAUGUUUCUGAACGAGCUGGAGGAGAUCCUGGACGUCAUCGAACCCUCAGAGUUUGUGAAGGUGAUGGAGCCGCUGUUCAGACAGCUCGCCAAGUGUGUGUCCAGCCCACAUUUCCAGGUAGCGGAGCGAGCGCUGUACUACUGGAAUAAUGAGUACAUCAUGAGUUUAAUCAGCGAUAACGCAGCCAAAAUCCUGCCCAUCAUGUUCCCUUCACUCUACAGAAACUCCAAAACCCACUGGAAUAAGACGAUUCACGGGCUGAUCUACAACGCUCUGAAGCUGUUUAUGGAGAUGAACCAGAAGCUGUUUGAUGACUGCACACAGCAGUUCAGAGCCGAGAAAAACAAAGAGAAAGCCAAGUGGAAAGAGCGCGAGGAGGCCUGGAUCAAGAUCGAGAAUCUCGCCAAAUCAAACCCACAGUUUCUCAUGUACAUCGACGCCAAUAGCCUCUGCAGUCCGAUGGACAUGGAGACUGAUGGGCCGAUGCUUGAAGACGUCCUGAUGCUGAAGAAAACUGUAGAAGAAGAAGCCACUCCAUUGCACAGAGAGCAGCGUAAGGAGCGUCCGCUGAUGCGGCGUAAGUCUGAGCUUCCUCAGGACACGAGCACCGUGAAGGCGCUGGAAACACACCGGCGUGCAGAGGACAUGAUCGGCACUCAGGAUGGCCACUAGAGGACACAAGCACAUGCACACACAAAUACACACACACACACACACAUCUCAAACCAAACCCGGUGUUCUGACGAUAUGUGCUAAACCCUCAGAGUGUAUCUAAAUCUGUCAUGUUUCAUCUAAAAACACAGGGGCUCUAUCACAACUUCUCUGCUUCAAAUGUGUUAGAGUUAACUUCCACCUUAAAUUAGAACUUCCACUUUGAAUUAGGACUUCCACCUUAAAUUAGAACUUCCACUUUGAAUUAGGACUUCCACCUUAAAUUAGGACUUCCACUUUAAAAUUGGACUUCCACCUUAAAUUAGGACUUCCACCUUAAAUUUGGACUUUUACCUUAAAUUAGGACUUCCACCUUAAAUUAGGACUUCCACUUUAAAUUUGGACUUCCACCUUAAAUUUGGACUUCCACCUUAAAUUAGGACUUCCACUUUAAAUUUGGACUUCCACCUUAAAUUAGGACUUCCACUUUAAAAUUGGACUUCCACCUUAAAUUAGGACUUCCACCUUAAAUUAGGACUUCCACCUUAAAUUUGGACUUCCACCUUAAAUUAGGACUUCCACUUUAAAUUUGGACUUCCACCUUAAAUUAGGACUUCCACCUUAAAUUAGGUCUUCCACUUUAAAUUAGGACUUCCACCUUAAAUUAGGACUUUCACUUUAAAUUAGGACUUCCACCUUAAAUUAAGACUUCCACCUUAAAUUAGGACUUCCACUUUAAAAUUGGACUUCCACCUUAAAUUAGGACUUCCACCUUAACUUAGGAUUUCCACUUUAAAUUAGGCAUCCACUUUAAAUUAGGACUUCCACCUUAAAUUAGGACUUCCACUUUAAAUUAGGCAUCCACCCUAAAUUAGGACUUCCACCUUAAAUUAGGACUUUCACAUUAAAUUAGGCAUCCACCUUAAAUUAGGACUUUCACUUUAAAUUAGGCAUCCACCCUAAAUUAGGACUUCCACCUUAAAUUAGGACUUUCACAUUAAAUUAGGCAUCCACCUUAAAUUUGGACAUCCACCUUAAAUUUGGACAUCCACCUUAAAUUAGGACUUCCACCUUAAAUUUGGACUUCCACCUUAAAUUUGGACUUCCACCUUAAAUUAGGACUUCCACUUUAAAUUUGGACUUCCACCUUAAAUUAGGACUUCCACCUUAAAUUAGGUCUUCCACUUUAAAUUAGGACUUCCACCUUAAAUUAGGACUUUCACUUUAAAUUAGGACUUCCACCUUAAAUUAAGACUUCCACCUUAAAUUAGGACUUCCACUUUAAAAUUGGACUUCCACCUUAAAUUAGGACUUCCACCUUAACUUAGGAUUUCCACUUUAAAUUAGGCAUCCACUUUAAAUUAGGACUUCCACCUUAAAUUAGGACUUCCACUUUAAAUUAGGCAUCCACCCUAAAUUAGGACUUCCACCUUAAAUUAGGACUUUCACAUUAAAUUAGGCAUCCACCUUAAAUUAGGACUUUCACUUUAAAUUAGGCAUCCACCCUAAAUUAGGACUUCCACCUUAAAUUAGGACUUUCACAUUAAAUUAGGCAUCCACCUUAAAUUUGGACAUCCACCUUAAAUUUGGACAUCCACCUUAAAUUAGGACUUCCACCUUAGAUAAGGAUGUAAAAUUAGGGGUAGCACACUUUGUCAGCUCUAAACAUCUUUUGAAAUGAGCUACCACUCUAAUAAUACGUGAACACAUUUUCAACAUUUUAUGAUGAUUGACAUUUGAAAGCUGACAGUGGGUUCUACUUGCUACCCCUGUUUUUACAGUACAUCCUCAUUUAAGCCGGCAUUUAUCUGUGAUGGACAUUUGGAAGCUGACAUGAUGUGCUACAUGUUUUUACAUCCUUAUUUUACGGUAGAAGUUCAUUCCAAUAGCCAUUUAGAGCUGACAAAAUGUGCUCUCUCUGUUUUUACAACCUUAUUUAAGGUGGUAUUGAAACCUGAUAGACUUUUGGAAGCUGUCAAAAUGCGUUACUUCUGUUUUUACACCUUCAUUUAAGGCAGUAGUCCUCAUUUAAGGUAGAAAUUUAUUCCAAUAGACACUUGAAGCUGACAGAAUGUGCCAACCUGUGUUUUUACAUCAUUAUUUAAGGUGGAAGUCCAUUCCUAUAGACAUUUAGAGCUGACAAAUUGUGCUCUCUCUGUUUUUACAACCUUAUUUAAGGUGGUAUUGAAACCUGAUAGACUUUUGGAAGCUGUCAAAAUGCAUUACUUCUGUUUUUACACCUUCAUUUAAGGCAGUAGUCCUCAUUUAAGGUAGAAAUUUAUUCCAAUAGACACUUGAAGCUGACAGAAUGUGCCAACCUGUGUUUUUACAUCAUUAUUUAAGGUGGAAGUCCAUUCCUAUAGACAUUUAGAGCUGACAAAUUGUGCUCUCUCUGUUUUUACAACCUUAUUUAAGGUGGUAUUGAAACCUGAUAGACUUUUGGAAGCUGUCAAAAUGCGUUACUUCUGUUUUUACACCUUCAUUUAAGGCAGUAGUCCUCAUUUAAGGUGGACAUUUAUUCCAAUAGACACUUGAAGCUGACAGAAUGUGCCAACCUGUGUUUUUACAUCUUUAUUUAAGGUGGUAGUUUAUUCUGAUUUACACGUUAAGUGGACAAAAUGUGUUACAGCUGUUUUAACGUCUUUAUUUUAAGGUGGUAGCUCAAUCCAAUAGACAUUUAGAAGCAGUCAGUAUGUCAAUCUUCCAAAUGUCAAUCAGUUAGAUACCACCUUAAAUAAGGGUUAAAAAACUCUGAUGGACAUUUGGAAGUUGACAAAAUGGGCUACUCCUGUUUUUUUACAUCCUUAUUUAAGGUGCUAUACCUUAUUUAAGGUGGUAUUUAACUCUGAUAGACAUUUUGAAGCUGACAAAAUGCGCUACCCCUGUUUUUACAGCCUUAUUUAAGGCGGUAGUCCUCAUUUAAGGUGGAAAUUUAUUCUGAUUGACCUUUAAAGCUGACAAAAUGUGCCAACCUGUGUUUUUACAACCUUAUUUAAGGUAGUAUUCAACUCGGAUGGACAUUUGGAAGCUGCCCAAAUAUGCUACUUCUGUUUUUUCUGUCUUCAUUUAAGGUUGUAAUCCUUAUUUAAGGUGGUAUGUAACUCUAAUUGACAUUUGGAAGCUGACAAAAUGUGCUACUCCUGUUUUUACGUCCUUAUUUAAUGUGGCAGUCCUAAUUUAAGGUGGUAGCCCCAAUUUAAGGUGGCACUCUUAAUUUCAGGUGGUAGCCCCAAUUUAAGGUGACAGUCAUAAUUUUUAGGGUGGCAGUCAUAAUUUAAGGUGGUAGUCCUAAUUUAAGGUGGCAGUCUUAAUUUAAGGUGGUAUUCACAAUUUAUGGUUGUAAUCCUUAUUUAAGGUAGUAUGUAACUCUAAUUGUAAUUUGGAAACUGACAAAAUGUGCUACUCCUGUUUUUACGUCCUUAUUUAAUGUGGCAGUCCUAAUUUAAGGUGGUAGCCCCAAUUUAAGGUGGCACUCUUAAUUUCAGGUGGUAGCCCCAAUUUAAGGUGACAGUCAUAAUUUUUAGGGUGGCAGUCAUAAUUUAAGGUGGUAGUCCUAAUUUAAGGUGGCAGUCUUAAUUUAAGGUGGUAGCCCCAAUUUAUGGUUGAAAUCCUUAUUUAAGGUAGUAUGUAACUCUAAUUGUAAUUUGGAAACUGACAAAAUGUGCUACUCCUGUUUUUACGUCCUUAUUUAAUGUGGCAGUCCUAAUUUAAGGUGGUAGCCCCAAUUUAAGGUGGCACUCUUAAUUUCAGGUGGUAGCCCCAAUUUAAGGUGACAGUCAUAAUUUUUAGGGUGGCAGUCAUAAUUUAAGGUGGUAGUCCUAAUUUAAGGUGGCAGUCUUAAUUUAAGGUGGUAGCCCCAAUUUAAGGUGACAGUCAUAAUUUUUAGGGUGGCAGUCUUAAUUUAAGGUGGUAUUCACAAUUUAUGGUGGCAGUCCUAGUUUAAGGUGGCAGUCUUAAUUUAAGGUGUCAGUCUUAAUUUAAGGUGUCAGUCCCAAUUUAAGGUGUCAGUCUUAAUUCAAGGUGUCAGUCUUAAUUUAAGGUGGUAGUCCCAAUUUAAGGUGUCAGUCUUAAUUCAAGGUGUCAGUCCUAAUUUAAGGUGGUAGUCCCAAUUUAAGGUGUCAGUCUUAAUUCAAGGUGUCAGUCCUAAUUUAAGGUGGUAGUCCCAAUUUAAGGUGGCAGUCUUAAUUUAAGGUGGAAGUUUAUUCCAGUACACAUUUGAAGUGAAUAAGAUGUGUUUCCCUUGUUUUUUUUUUAGAUGAAACAUGUCAGAUCUAGCGCUAGCACAUUCUGCGGAUUUAGCACAUUUCGUCAGAACACCGGCCCAGUCUCACCGACGCAGCGGACCCGCAAACUAUCCCGUCCCACACCCUCGUCCAGUCCUUUCUGUCCUCUUUCGUUCAUCUGUCUCUCUCUCUCUCUCUCUCUCUCUCUUAAACGCUGUGCCUGUAGCGAAUGAAAACAGGCGCAUGAGCACUUGACGUGACUGUAUUCGGAGCGAUUCUCAGGUUGUUCGGAGGCCGAGAGAGCAGCACUUUUGGUCUCUUCGGUGGUUUGUGUCUUUUACGUGUCAUUUCAGUCUUAACGUUUGCCGUUCGAAACAUCGAUAAGAAAAAAAAAACACGUUUGUGCGAAUUCUUUGGCAAUAAGUUCGUCCAGGGGAGGGUUUUGGUUGUUCAAACAAUGGUAAACGGCCUUACUAUGUUUUAUUUAGUUUUGUUUGUUAACGUAAACGCAAAUUUAAAAGUACAAGCAUUACUAACAGGCAAUAUUCAAGCGUUUAUUCGCCCACUUUCUCUUUCGACCAAGCCUUUAUUUGCAUAGAGUGCCUUUCUGUAGAUGAAGGAUAACUGUAAUGGCAUAAAUAAACGAUUUUUAGCGAACGAGCCCAACGAUAGACUUCCUGAUAAACUUGAACGCCUCUUUAUUUUACUUCUUUAUGAAUCCUUCUGAACCAUUGUUUGAACUUCCAUCCGGUUUCGCCUGGUUUGAACUGUUUAUCUUCUGGUCUGCGUUUGUCCGUGACGUGAUUUCAGACGCUCGCACUUUUAUUUUAAUAUAUAUAUAUAUAUAUAUAUAUAUAUUUUCUCGGCCCUUAUAAGCUUGUCGGUGUUCAAUUUGAAUGUGCAAAAUUACAAUAGCUCAUUUUUUUCAGUCUCCAAACGUUAAUAUCUGUGUUUUCUGCGUUUAAUUUAAAUUCUCUUCUCUUUAUGACUGUAGAGCUUCAAACGUAGUCGACGAAAGAUUCAUUUCUCCUCCGGAAAACGCCGGUGUCCAAAAAAGGAUCACUCAAAAUAAGAGACGUUUCUUUCCCGAGCUUUUAUUGUGGUGAAUUUCACUCAUUUGACGACAAAGAAAAAUACUGCAAAGUGUCCUUUAGUCCGCGUCCCCCUACUCCACGGCUUCAUCUGAUAUUGUACAUAUUAUGUACUGUUAUGAUCCAUCUCCUAUUGAGUGGUAGAUCUCUUAUUUUGUACAAAUCUUUUCUCUCGUGUACAGAUGAAAACAGUUAUUAGCCACUUGCAGACAGUUGUAUUUGACAGACUUCUGUAUCUGCGUUAGAAAUGUUUUAGAGGUUUAAUUUCUGAUGUUUUUUGUUGGUUUUUUUACUAUUUGUAAUUGAGAUCUUUUCUGUCUCUGCAUUCAGCUGUCUGAUGAGAUCCAUCAUUAAAAAUAGCCUUCAUAUGUGCUCUUCUCCAAAUCUCAAGUGGUAUAUGUCUAUAUACAGGAAAUAAAGAAGACGUGUUUUAUAUUUUCAUCUUA